AGUGCGUGGCCUCGCUGGCUCCACUUCCAGUCCCCAAACCCAUGCUGAUCUCCCAGCUUGAAGGAGGGGAAGAUCCCUGGAUCCCAGAUGUGCGUAGCCCUGAGGCCGUGCCAGGAGACCUCAGCCCAGGAGAGGAUGGGAUCACAUAUAUAGUGGAAGAUCUGCAGGAAAGUGGUAUGGGCAAAAGGCAGUGGGGUAGCACCUCUGUGGAAGAUAUCGACGGAGGUGUCCAGGUGGGCUUUGAGCAAGCAGAGCACUACAAGGAGCCACUGGGAAAGCAUACGGAAGAGACAACAAGGAACCUGCUGCACUUCAGCACAGGUCAAAAGCAGCCUGAAGACCACGGGAGCAAGAACGUGUGCCAGAAGAAAAAGCAGAAUCCAUGCACUGAGUGUGGGAAAAGCUUCAAAAGGUAUUCCAACCUUGUUAAUCACCAGCGCAUACACUCUGGGAGGUGCCGGUUGAAGUGCUCAGAUUGUGGAAAAAGCUACAAAUGGAGAUCUGAACUUAUCAAGCACCAGCGCGUGCACACAGGAGAAAGACCCUAUAAGUGUCCUGAGUGUGAGAAAAGCUUCAUGAGCAGAACUGGAUUGAAGUACCACCUGCGCAUCCACACAAAAGAAAGAUCCUUUAAGUGCUCUGAGUGCGGAAAGAGCUUCCAAAGCAGUUCCAACCUCUUUCGUCACCAGCGUAUGCAUACAGAAGAGAGACCCUAUAAUUGUACUGAGUGCGAGAAGAGCUUCAAAAUACGUUCCCACCUUAUCCGCCACCAACGUAUCCACACAGGAGAGAGACCCUACAAGUGCUCUGACUGUGGGAAAAGCUUCAAAAGCAGUUCUGACCUCAUUGUCCACCAGCGCAUCCACACUGGAGAGAGACCCUACAAGUGUGCUGAGUGUGGGAAAAGUUACAAAAGCAAUGGUGAUCUGAAAUAUCAUGAGCGCAGCCAUACAGGAGAGAGACCUUAUAAGUGUCCUCAGUGCGGCAAGUGCUUCAAAAACAGUUCCCACCUCAACCGCCACCAACAGACCCACACAGGAGCAUGUAAUGCUUUUAUGAUUUUUCUGAUCGGUAUUCCACACUAUAACAUCAUUCAGUGUACUGGAAGCUAAGUGCUAACUCUCAAGCUGUGUGAAUUGUCAAUAGAUCCGGGUACCUGGUCUCUGAAGGGAAGGAUGAACUACAACUCUCAGAAGCCUUCAUUAUUCGGUUUUCAUUUUCUGGUCGGUGGGAAAGAUAAAACUGUGAGUCACAAGACUGCCUCUUUGCUUUCUGUGCUGCUGUCCAUCUCGCCUACUGCAUUAGAGUACGGACUUUGGUUUCGGAAAAUCAUUUUAUUUAUUAGCUUCAAUUCCAGCUAUACUGUAUUAUCUUGUGUCCCGCUAUCAUAUAUAAUAAAUUAGUUUCUUUCCCUUA